AAAUCUAAAUUAAUGGAUACGCAACGUGCUGAUAAAAAAUAAUCUAGAAAUUUUAAAAAAUAUUUCUCCCAUUAUUUAUUAAAAUCCUCUACAUGUAUUCAAAAUUUUCUAGUAUAAAUAGAACAGUUUUCAUGUCAUUUGUAUAAGCGAUUAGCAAAAGAGCAAAGUACUCUAUUAAGUUAAUAAUGGGCAUGGGUUCUAAUUUUCCUCAUUUUCUUUCUAUUUGCAUUUUUGUUUUUCUUUUCUCGAAUUCGGUUGGUGUUUGUUCUUGCCGAUUACUCAAUGUUAGUUUAGAUAAUACUGGUGGAUUUUCAUCAGCAGUGGCAACUUGGUAUGGAGAUCCUACUGGAGCUGGCAGUGGUGGGGCUUGUGGACUGGAAGAUGAUGUAGCAAACGCUCCAUACAACGCCAUGAUAACUGCUGGAAAUCAAGUUUUGUUCCAAUCUGGUUUAGGAUGUGGCUCAUGCUAUCAGGUCUUAUGCAAUCAGAAUCAAGAAUGCUCAGGUAAUCCAAUAACAGUAGCUCUUAUAGAUGAGUGUCCAGGAACAUGCAAUGAUGAUCCAGUUCACUUUGAUUUAAGUGGAUUUGCCUUUGGAGCUAUGUCAAAAUCUGGCCAAGCAGACCAAUUGCGUAAACUUGGAAGAAUCGAUAUUUCCUAUAAAAGGGUGGCAUGCGACUACAAGCAAAAUAUUAUGUUUAAGGUUGAAAAGGGAUCCAACCCUAAUUUCUUUGCUAUUGCAAUUGAAGCUGAAAAUGGAGAUGGUGAACUCUCUUCGGUUGAGAUAAAACCGACAAGUUCCAAUAAGUGGCUUUCCAUGCAACAAAUGUUUGGAGCAACUUGGUCUGCAAAUAUUCAUCCAAACACACAAAAACCUCCAUUCUCUGUUAGGUUAACUUCACAGAAUAAACAUCAGGUUCAAGCUAAUAAUGUCAUUCCUGCGGAUUGGCAGCCAAGAGCAAUCUACAAAUCAAAUGUCAAUUUCUCUCCCCAAUUAUAAAGUCUUUUAAUUUUAUUUUGAGGAUUGGAGGAAUUUGAGAGAUUAUCAAGUAAAAUGUUGGACUUUUUUUAUACACCAACAUUUUGAUAUAAUAAAAGAAAUUAUUUAGUUAUCAA